AGGGAGAUUGUAACUGUGUCACUCACCAUUCCUGGGGUGCCUCACUUCCCAUAGGAGUGGCCAGGAGACGGGUAUAAAGAGGAUCUCUGGUCCCCAAGCUCAUCAUUCGAAUCCAUCGAGACUUCUCCAUCGUUCCAGCACAUCUGCUAAACAAGGCUUAAUUCACAGAAGCAACUGCCACACAGAAGCCAAAAGAUGAGCCAGCAAAGACAAAGCGGUGGCGGCUGUUGCUGCUGCGGCGGUUCAAGGGGCGGUGGCGGUGGCGGUGGCGGUGGCUGCUGCUCUGGAGGCGGUGGCGGUGGUGGAGGCCAAGGCUCAUCCUGCUGUGGAAGAGGCGGAGGAGGCGGUGGAAUGAUGCAAAUGCGUGGAGGAGGAGGCUGCUGCGGAGGAUCUGGCGGUGGAAGAUCUGGAGGCUGCUGUUGCUGCAGUGGUGGUGGUGGCGGCGGCGGCGGACAGUCCGGCGGAAUCAUCAUUAUACCAAGUGGAGGCAGCCAGUCUUCUGGGUGUUGUGGUGGAGGUGGAUAUGGAGGUGGAUAUGGAGGAGGCCAGCAAAGGAUGCCAAUGGUUAUUGGCGGAGGAUCUGGAGGGGUUUGCUGUGGAGCUAGUAGCGGCGGCGCAGUGUGCUGUGGAUCAUCCGGCGGCAGUGGCAGUGGCCAGUCUUCUGGAUGUUGCGUUGGAGGUGGAAUGGGUGGUGGAAUGGGUGGUGGAAUGGGUGGUGGAUAUGGAGGUGGCCAGCAAAAGAUGCCCAUAGUUAUUGGUGGAGGAUCUGGAGGGGUUUGCUGUGGAGCUAGCGGCGGCAGUGGUGGUGCAGUAUGUUGCAGCUCCUCUGGGGGCGGCAGUGGCGGUGGUGGGGUUUGUUGUAGCUCAUCCGGUGGUGGAAGCUCAGGUGGGGUUAAGGUAAUUGGAGGAGGAUCUGGUGGAGGAGGUGGAGGAGGAUCAGGUGGAGGAGGUGGAGGAGGAUCAGGUGGGAAAACCAUCAUCAUAGGUGGAGGAAGUGGUGGGGGAUCUGGUGGUGGAGUAUGUUGCAGCUCAUCUGGCGGCAGUGGCGGUGGUGGUGCGGUUUGUUGUAGCUCAUCCAGUGGUGGUGGAAGCUCAGGUGGGGUUAAGGUGAUUGGAGGAGGAUCUGGUGGAGGAGGAGGAGGAGGAGGAGGAGGAGGAUCAGGUGGCAAAACCAUUGUCGUAUCUGGCGGAAGCAGUGGUGGCGGUGGCGGUGGUGGUGGAGGAGCUGUCUGUUGCAGCAGCGGCAGUGGCGGAGCUGUUUGCUGCAGCAGCGGUGGAUCUGGUGGUGGAUCCUCGCAGACCAAAUGCCCCAUUGUUGUCCCACCAUGCAUGGGGCAAACAAAGCAGGUCUGCCCAAUGCCAAGCAUCAAGUAAAAUGCAACAUUUGCCAAGCAACCCAAGAAAAGCUAACUUUGCCAGUUCACACCAGUGUCCUGACAACAUCAUGUUAAGCACAAACCACUUCUGCAUGUUGCUUUGCCCUUUCAUUAUUCAAUGACAUUUUAUGUUUGUAUGUUCAAUGUGUGGCUCAUUCUUCAAUGUAAUUUAUGAAUGUGUGUGUGUUUGUGGCGGAUGGGAGUUUCCUCAUCCACCCACUGCUGCUGAUAUCCUUGUUUCAAUCUCCCUUAAUGCAAGGGAUUAAAUAAAGCUUACUUAGAAUCAA